CUCGUCAAACGGUGGAGUAGCCAGGCCAAGUUCACUUUUUUUUACAUGUAGAAAGAGAAAAAAUCAGAGCCAAUAAAGCAAAGAAGUGAGUGUAAAGAGAGAGAAAGGCAAAGAAGAAAGCACAAAAAGUUUUGUGUGGAGUCCACCAUUAGCAUAGCAUACCUUCAUUGUUCUUGGGAAGGGAUAAUUAACUCAAGAAAACUCAAGAAAUUGAUCAAUUUCUCAAGAAAAAAAGUUGAUUUUGUUUUUGUAAACUUGUCAGUUGUGUGGUGAAAUCAAGAAUGGCGAGUCCUGGGUCAGGGAGAUUGGCUUUGACUCCGGUGAAUCCGACCCCUAUUUCUGGUUUGGGUAGGGUUUCGAAAACCCCUUUGACAGAUGAAGUCAUAUGGAAGCGACUCCGUGAAGCUGGAUUUGAUGAGGACUCUAUUAAACGUAGAGAUAAAGCAGCUCUUAUUGCCUAUAUAGCCAAACUCGAAACGGAGCUGUAUGACCAUCAAUAUCAGAUGGGGCUUCUCAUCCUAGAAAGGAAAGAGUGGGUUUCCAAGAAUGAGCAAUCUAAAGCAGCUUCUGAGUCAGCUGAACUCUUGUACAAGCGUGAACAAGCUGCACGCCUUUCUGAUACGGCUGAAGCUAAGAAACUUGAAGCUAAUCUGAAGAAAGCUCUUGGAAUUGAGAAAGAAUGUGUUGCAAACAUUGAGAAAGCGUUGCAUGAGAUGCGAGCAGAAUGUGCUGAAGCAAAAGUUGCCUCUGAGAAUAAAUUGGCUGAAGCACAGAGCAUGAUGGAGGAUGCUCAAAAGAAGUACACUGAUGUGGAGGAAAAGUUGCGUAAAGCAGAAUCCUUGGAAGCAGAAGCCAGCCUCUUUCAUCGUACCGCAGAAAGAAAAUUACGUGAAGUUGAGUCACGAGAAGAUGAUCUUAGGAGACAGACAUUAUUAUUCAAGUCAGAGUGUGAAGCUAAAGAGAAAGAGAUCCAACUGGAGAGACAAUCUUUAUCUGAAAGGCAGAAAACUCUACAGCGGUCUCAAGAAGAGUUGCUUGAUGGUCAGGCUUUGCUCAAUAAGAGAGAAGAAUUUAUAUUUAGCAGAUCUCAAGAACUGAAUAGACAUGAGAAAGACUUAGAAGAUGAAAAAUCUAACUUCGAGAAUGACAUCAAAUCCCUGAAUGAGGAAAAGCGCAAUCUGGAGGUGAAACUGAAGUCUCUAUCAGCAAGAGAAGAAGGCAUAAUCAGAAGGGAACACGAACUUUACGAGAAAGAGAAAGAGCUACUGCUAUUACAGGGAAAAAUACAAAGCAAGGAGAUUGAUGGAAGUAAGCAGGUUAUGGUUAAUCAGGAGGCCACAUUGGUAACUAAGAUAUCUUCUAUCGAGGCAGAGUUGGAAACAAAACGGAAAUUGGUGGAAGAUGAGAUUCAAACCAAGAGGCGGGCUUGGGAAUUGAAAGAUAUGGAUAUUAAGUCUCGGGAGGACCUAAUUACUGACAAGGAAUAUGAUUUGGAGAGGCAGUCAAGAACCCUAGCUGAGAAGGAGAAAGAGUUGGAAGACAAGGUAUAUGUGAUUCAGGAAAAAGAAAGAAACCUCCAAACUGCUGAAAAAGAGGUAGAGUUGCAGAGAACAGUUCUGCAGCAAGAAAGGGAAGGGAUCAGCAAAAUGAGAAAUGAUCUUGAGAAGUCUCUGAAAAUGCUGGAUGAAAAAAGAAAAAGUGUCGACCAUGAGGAAGAAAAAGUGGAGGCUAUGAAAAAUGAAACUCAAGAAUUACUGAUUCUGGAAACAAGGCUAAAGCUAGAGAUUGAUAUGAUUAGAGCGGAGAAGGAAGAAAUUGAGAAGGAGGCUGAUCGGUUGAAAGCUGAGAAAGCUAAAUUUGAGACUGAAUGGGAGGUAAUCGAUGAGAAAAGAGAAGAGUUGCAGAAGGAAGCUGAACGUGUGGCUGAAGAGAAAUUGGCCAUUUCUAAGCUUCUUAAGGAUAGCCGUGACAGCCUGAAAGCAGAGAAAAAUGCAAUUCAAGAAGAAUAUAAGCAAAAUCUGGAGUCACUUUCUCGUGAUCGUGAAACCUUCAUGUAUGAGAUUGAGAGUGAACGUGCAGAAUGGUUUAACAAAAUCCAGAAAGAACGCGAAAACUUUUUGCAGGAUGUUGAGAUGCAGAAAAAGGAGCUAGAGAACCGCAUUGAAGAAAGGCGUGAAGAAAUAGAAAUUGAUCUCAAGGAAAAGGAGAAGGCCUUUGAGGAACAUAAGAAAAGAGAACUUCAGGAUAUUGCAUCUCUCAGGGAGACUCUGGAAAAGGAAUUGGAACAUGUUGGCUUGGAGUUGAACAAACUAGAUGCCGAGAGAAAAGAGAUCAAUUUGGAUCGUGAGAGAAGGGAUAAGGAGUGGGCAGAGCUAAAUAAUGCUAUUGAAGAACUUAAGGUGCAAAGGCUGAAAUUAGAGAAACAAAGGGAAUUACUUCAUGCUGAUAGGAAGGAGAUUCUUGCUCAGAUUGAGCAGUUGAAGAAAUUGGAGGAUGUUAAGAUUAUACCAGAUCGUAUUGCCACACCCAAAAAGUUACAUUCUGGUCUACCAUCCAAUGAACUUGAACCUUCUGCAAAAAGAUUUUUGAAGUAUGCCUCCGUUCUGGGAUCUGGUCUGGAUGGGAAUGGUAAUAAUGGUGUUAGUAAAGGUACUUCUAUCAUGAAAGAGAACGGUAAUUCAUCUUCUACUCUCUCUACUCCAUUCUCGUGGCUUAAGAGAUGUGCUGAUACAUUGCUUGACCGAACACCAAGUAACAAAAGGCGGAGGGAAGAUGGGGAUUUUAUAUCUCAAUUGACCGAGAAUGGUGCCUCCUGUCCAUUACCACCAACACCAGAUGCACCAGAUGUUGAAAACCUGGAAGUACUACCUAACCAAACUCACAUUGCUGCAGAGGAAACCACUGUGUAUAUUGAUAAGAUUGUUACAGUUCAUGAAGUGACAGAAAUCGAUGUGAGAAAAGUCACGGAAGGAAGUCCGGGGACUCUCUCUGGGGAUAGUGGUAGGAAGGUGGGGAACAAUGGAAGCUUGGAAUCGGAUCAAAAUGGGAAGCCUGAAGGCCGAGCCCGAAGAACUAGGGCAACAAGGAAGUAGUGAGAUUGCCAGAAGUGAGAAGAGUAGCGACUGAGCCUCUAAUUUCCUGUUUGUUUCUUCAUUUCAAACUUUCAGAAUUUUCAAGCUAAUGACUGAUCGUGACUGGUGGCAUGCCAUGUUUGGUGACCUUGUGAGUACUUCCCAAACAUGUAAAUGUCUCAGGCUAACUCAUACCCUUCAAGUAUAUUGUAAAUGGUAUGAAUAGGUACUCUUACUAGUUGUGAAUGUUUAGUGUUCAUCAAAGAGCUUGUGGUUGUAAGUAAAGAGCAUAUCAAAGUGGUUUGUGGUUUUGUCUGCUAAUUUCUUCAGCUUAUUGUGUUAAAUCUAAUUUAGGGCUGAAAGAUUUUGGUGAUUAUGUAGGGGAGUGAAUUUGAGUUCUUUGUGUAAGUUUCUAGACCGAGACGUUCUAUUAUUCCGUUGACUUAUUUCAUUCCAUGUUUGUAAUAGCUUACGAGAUUGUUUGGGUAUAUGCACUUUUUGUCUUUCAAGUAA